AUGGCGGCCGCCAAUAGCAUAGACGCACGCACCGAAUUCCGGCGCAAUGACCUCUAUGAGGCUCUGAAGCUAUCGCGGCUCCCCGACCAGCACAACGCCUCCCAAGAUGGCGUCAAGAGGUACAUGAGCCGUACGCCAGCAUGGAGACCAGGAGGCGAGCUCCCGAUCAAAUGGGCGAGCGACAAGCUGUCCGGAAAAGGCAACAUCCUCGACUUCCCUCCUGGAGCUUUCGGAGGCCACGUCUAUGCCCAGGCCCCUUUGGCGGCGGCGAGAGCAGUGGAGGAGGAUGAAGAAGAGACCGGGAGCAAUGGAAACGGUAAACUCGGCAUUCAUUCCAUACAAGGCGUCUUCACCAAACCAGGCGCGAUUGAUCGCCCAUUCAUCUAUCAAGUCACAAACGUCCACUCAAGUCGUUCAUUUGCCACCAAGCUAGUUCAGGCACGGCAGCCCACAGUAUCAUCGAGCGUCCCUGCUGGCCCCUUUCCAGAGUCGGAUGCUGAUCGGCCGCUGGGCAACGUCUGCUUCGCCUGUCUCACGACGUUCAAGCGUCCCGCACCAUCGCCGGCAGAUCACCAGAUGGAAGGAUCAGCUCAAGAACGCUACGCCGACAUCCUUUCACAGCGAGCGCCAGACGAGUGGGAUGCCAGCCCGCAGCUGGACAUUGAAGCUGUCACGACGCUGUUUCCCAACGCUGGCCAUGGAGGGUUUCCGAUGCUGGACAUGUACAAAGUUGACAUGAGGGCUUACAAUGAGGGUAGAGCAGUUCCGGAAAGGCGCGAGCUGAUUCUAUAUCGAGCGCACAAGCCUAUUCCCGAGGACGAUGCCAAUGCACACAUUGUGGCACACGCCUAUGAGGCGGAUCGCAACGGGCUGAUUAUGCUGACCAACUCCCUCGGCUGGGGCUUCAACCUCGGGUCUGCGGCGAGCUUGUCAUAUUCCUUUUACGUGCACGUCAACGCUGACGAAGCGGUCAUGAAGGGGGAUGGGUGGUGGAUUCAGGAGGUUUGCUGGCCGCGAGUGAAUGCCGGCAGGGGGAUGAUGGAGAGCAGGAUAUGGAGCCCUGAGGGUAAGCAUGUGGCGAGCGGAUACCAAGAUGGCGUUGCUGUCCCGUCCACGAAGAAGUCGAAGACGACGGAAGAAAAGCUGUGA